UUCACCCCAGCAUGGCUGCGCCCUUGGGACCAGUGAAGUUCUGGAAACCGGGUACAGAAGGGCCAGGGGUCAGCAUCUCUGAAGAGAGACAAAGUGUCACUGAGAACUCUGGGACAACCAUCAUUUACAAUCCCUACGCUGCCCUUUCCAUAGAGCAGCAGCGACAGAAGCUGCCUGUGUUCAAGCUUAGGAACCACAUUUUGUACUUGGUAGAAAACUAUCAGACAGUGGUGAUUGUCGGAGAAACGGGUUGUGGGAAGAGCACCCAGAUUCCUCAGUACCUGGCAGAAGCUGGUUGGACAGCCGAAGGACGAGUGGUCGGAGUGACCCAGCCUCGAAGAGUAGCUGCUGUGACGGUUGCCGGGAGAGUAGCUGAUGAAAGGGGUGCGGUGCUGGGCCAUGAGGUGGGCUACUGCAUCCGCUUUGAUGACUGCACUGACCCAGUGGCGACAAGAAUUAAGUUCCUUACGGAUGGGAUGCUGGUCAGGGAAAUGAUGGUUGAUCCAUUGUUAACAAAAUAUAGUGUCAUCAUGUUGGAUGAAGCCCACGAGAGGACCUUAUAUACCGACAUUGCUAUUGGCUUGCUGAAGAAGAUUCAGAAAAAGCGAGGCGAUCUUCGCUUGAUUGUGGCCUCAGCCACUCUGGAUGCAGAGAAAUUUCGAGAUUUCUUUAACCAGAAUGAAACCAGUGACCCAGCCAGGGAUACCUGUGUGACCCUUACGGUGGAAGGACGGACAUUUCCAGUGGACAUCUUUUACCUACAAAGUCCUGUUCCAGAUUAUCUCAAGGCAACCGUGGACACUGUGGUGAAGAUUCACCAGACAGAGGGAGAUGGAGACAUACUAGCCUUUCUUACUGGCCAGGAAGAAGUAGAAACUGUUGUGUCCAUGCUGAUUGAGCAGGCUCGGGCGCUGGCUCGCACUGGGAUGAAGAAGCACCUCCGGGUUCUCCCCAUGUACGCAGGACUGCCUUCUUUUGAGCAAAUGAAGGUGUUUGAAAGGGUGUCACACAGCGUCAGAAAGGUGAUCGUGGCCACCAAUGUGGCAGAAACUUCCAUCACAAUCAGUGGCAUUGUGUAUGUGAUUGACUGUGGCUUUAUGAAGAUUCGAGCCUACAACCCCAGGACAGCUAUUGAAUGCUUGGUGGUGGUACCAGUGUCUCAGGCGUCAGCCAACCAACGGGCAGGCCGUGGUGGGCGCAACCGCUCGGGGAAGUGUUACCGUCUUUAUACAGAGGAAGCCUUUGACCAGUUACCUCAGGCCACCGUCCCUGAGAUGCAGCGCAGCAAUUUGGCCCCUGUUAUCCUGCAGCUGAAAGCCCUGGGGAUUGACAACGUCCUCAGGUUCCACUUCAUGUCUCCCCCGCCGGCACAGUCAAUGGUCCAAGCCUUGGAGUUACUCUAUGCUCUUGGAGGUCUGGACAAAGACUGCCGCCUAACUGAGCCACUUGGCAUGAGAAUCGCAGAGUUCCCUCUGAACCCCAUGUUUGCCAAGAUGUUGCUGGAAUCAGGGAACUUUGGCUGUUCUCAGGAGGUCCUGAGCAUCGCUGCCAUGAUGCAGAUCCAGAAUGUCUUCGUUUUCCCCUCAAACCAGAAGUCUCAGGCGACUCGAGUGCACCGGAAAUUUGCUGUGGAGGAGGGUGACCAUCUCACCAUGCUCAAUGUAUACGAAGCCUUUAUUAAACACAACAAGAGCUCCCAGUGGUGUCAGGAGCAUUUCCUGAAUUACAAGGGUCUUGUCAGAGCUGCCACUGUGAGAGAACAGUUGAAAAAGCUCCUGGUCAAGUUUCAGGUGCCCAAGAUGUCCAGCGAAGGUGAUCCAGAUCCGGUCCUGAGGUGCAUUGUGUCGGGAUUCUUUGCAAAUGCUGCGCGGUUUCACUCCACCGGAGCAUAUAGGACUAUCCGCGAUGACCAUGAGCUGCACAUCCACCCUGCUUCAGUCCUUUAUGCAGAGAAGCCACCCCGCUGGGUUAUCUACAAUGAAGUUAUACAGACCUCCAAGUAUUACAUGCGAGACGUGACGGCCAUAGAGUCGGCUUGGCUGCUGGAGCUGGCCCCGCACUUUUAUCAACAAGGAACGCACCUGUCCCUGAAAGCCAAAAGGGCCAAGGUCCAGGACCAGUGAGCGGAGCUCAGCAAGUGGCUGCGGGGACGGUUUGGCAUCUGUCCUUCGUGUCGUUUAGCACCAGCUAAGGGAGAACAGACAGCCACUCUGGUGUGGCCUGCAUCCUGCUCAUCAGCCCCUCUUCCUGCUCCCCUCAGCAUUUGCCAUCCUCAGUGGGCCCCAGAGUAGUUCGAGCAUGGCCAGCAUGGACCAAGCAGGAGUUGGCUGGGCUGGGCCUGGCCUCACUCCUCACACUCAGUAGCCAGCACCCUGCGCCAGCAGGCACAGUCCUGCUCCAGCUCUGUGGUGAGGAGGAGAGCGAGCCUGUGAAGACUGAAGACCUGUGUAGACAGGGCUCUCUUUGCCUCCUGUGUCUUGCUUGCUGCCGUCACGGUUGUUGACUACUGCAGUCUACGGCUGCUAUGUUCAUCAAGUACAAACGGAAGUGCUGGGCAUUUCCACAAGAUCACCAAAGUUCUCGUCCAUCAGGCCCGGGGUGAGGGUGGACGGUCUCCCAAACCCAGCAGCCUCUUCCUUCCCUCUGACCGUGUCCCUGCUUCUCUGCAGUGGAGACUCAGUGCACUGAUGGUGGGCCACUCAGGACUCACAGCCCGAGUCCUUGUUAGCCACUCCCUUUGCAAGUGAGCUUAGCUUUCUCUCAGAGCACGAUGCACAUCCUGGUGCCAGUGGCUGGGCGCCAGGAAAAGCUCAUCAACCUCGACGCCAUGGGCUCCUCUUUAGCAGGAAUUCACUACAGUUUAGAUGCCCUAAACUUGUGUAGCUCAGGAACAAACUCUCGUAUCUGUAUCUUUGUUUGCUUGCGUUCUUGCAAGAACAUGGGCAGCUCCCUGGGCACUGUUCACACUGCCCUGGGCAGCUUUGCUGUGACAGUGAUGGCACUUCAGCACACGGCAAGACAGACUUCUCCCUACUGUUUCAAUGAUGUUUACUUUAAAAACGUAGCUUGAAAGUUUAUUUUUGUACUGGUUUUAGUUUGGAUGUGCCACUUUUGGCACCAAACCUAUGUCAUUUUUAUUUCCAUUUUAUAAAUGUGUAAAUAGCAGUGUUAAGUUGUUAAUCGUAGUAAAUCUUUCUACCCGA